AUGCAGUAUAACUAUGAAGGCGAUGUAGCACUCGCUCCAAUAAGAAAGAAACACAGAGAUUUUUUACCGGACAAAGCUUCAAGAAUUCUUUCGCGGACGAUACAGGGUUGUUUCACGGACUCGCCGACUUGGGGCAAGAUGGAACCAGACCAGAAGAGACAGAUCUAUCUAACCUUUAAGAGAAAGUGUUUCUGGCUUCCGGAACAUGAAGCUCAUGUCGCCCAAAACUUCGAGAAGAAAGCAGGGCAGCUGCUAAAGGGUGCAUUAGCAAGGCUGGCCAGAAAUUCUACAAAGGGUGGCUCCCUACACACUAGUGGGGCUAAGAGCCAAGCGGCUGUGAGGAAGGAGCUGGAACUCAAAGAAAAGAGGAUAUUGCCUCAAGAUGAGGCAUUCAAAAUCACUCACGUGAAGAAGAAGAAAAACAGUGAAGAACCAGACGAAUGGGUCGAGGAACGGGCUAAGCAGUCCUACAUUCAAUAUCAACUAUCACGGGCUGAGUUAUGCAGCAGUCUGCCACCUGGCACAGAGCCUACAGCUGAACAAUUGAAUGAACUUUGGAUGGCGACUGUUGGUGGCCCCACUAGGUUUGGCACAACUUAUGGAAUGCCAAAUAGAGCAUUUCGUAAAUUCCAGUCGCCCUUGCAAGGCAUAGGUUCUUCCAAUGAUGCUGGGUCGUCAGAUAGAGCGAGUGUUAUGGCCAUGGAGCAGAAGAUUGUUGAGCUAUCUAUCCAGUUACAGGCCUCGGAGGCUAGGGAGAGGCGGAGGGACGAGCAGCUACAGGCUGCGGAGGACAGGGAGAGACGGAGGGACGAGCAAUUUGCGGGUAUGAAAUCUCAAUUAGACUUAUUACUUUCUUCGAGGGUGAUUCCCCCUUGUCCUGAUGACGCUCGUAGCUCCAAGCAUCGACCUCCCCAUUCUCAAUCUAGGUCACGACAUCGAGAGGUUGGUCAAGAACACAGACUUGUAGAUGAGUCAAGUAGUGGUGAUGAUGAUGGGGAGCACGUGUCAAACACAAUACGACAUGGUUGAAUUUUAAGUAUCUUACUAACUUAUGAAAUUUUUUGGUGGAAUUGUAAAAAUGUGGAAGUGUUUGGUGGAUGUUUGUGAAUGUUAAAGUAGCUUGAUGUUGUAGACUAAGUUAAUGUAGAUUAAUUAGUAGAAUGUUUUGUGGAUAUUUGCAAAG